AUGCCGACUGCAGCUGCAAACAGGACGAUGGGCAGGGGAAGUAACGCCGCUUCCGCAUCACCUACAACGGCCGACGAUGAACUUUCUGACAAUGAGUCCAUCAACUCAACCAUCGUCAGCCAUCCCGACUCGGAUACGCAGUGGAACUUUGAGAGAGUUCUCUCCGAAGCUCCCAACGAAGACGGUGACCCAUGGUACCUGAUCCAAUGGACUGGAUACGAUAAAGAUGAAUGGACUUGGGAGCCAGAGACAAACAUCACCACUGUCGGUCUUCAGGAGUGGGCAGAGAUGAAAGCCAAGAUUGACCGGGGCGAGGCCGAACCAUUCGAUAUCGAAGCAUGGGUAGUCGAAGCCGCCGCUAUGAAGGAAGCCAAACAGGCGGCCCAACUAGAGCGUCACAGGAAGCGCAACUUGAAGCGCAAACGUCAGGGCAUGCCGAUGAAUCUGUACGACGACGAACAGGAGCAGGACUACGACACGAGUGACGCUGAGGUAGGCGGAGAUGACGAUUUCAACGAUGUUAUCCCGCCGCCACGGCAGACAGGCGCGUCCGAACCGCAACCCAGGCCGCGUGCCCAACCCAAUAUUGGUGGCCCCUACAGCGAUCUGAAGCCCAAACGCAAAGCUCCUGCCGAAAAGGCAGCGCAUCAAGAUCGCCCUGCACCUCCAAAAAAGACCUCGACCCGCCGGGAGCCAACAGUUCCGACAAGCACUGGAUAUCAGGGCACAGCCCGAAAGGCUUCCUCAUCCGCGCGUUCCAUGCCAUCACAUAACCCAUUUACCACCGCUAGCCGGACGGCCAACAAAACCAACCCAGCUCACCCCGAACCUGAUAUGAAGAAAGCCAGGAGGUCGGCGGGGGAGAAGACCACGUGCCGCACCGCAACCGGCAAUGUAUUUAUCAGUGGCAAGAAGGUACAGACGCGGCCUAAGUUUACUGACGCCAUGGUCGACCCUACAAAAGAGGCCAGGCUCUUUCACAAUUAUCAAACUACCCGAAAGGCUGAGCUCAAGAUAAGGGAUAUAGCAGACAAGGCACCCGGAAACAUCCGUCAACUUGGGCUUUUCAACAUUAGUACCGGUGUUGCAGAGACACACACUCCCAAUGCCUCCGGGUCCGGGAAAACUCCUGUUGAGGCUUCCCCAGUCCAGGAGAGGAGGUCCUCUCUUGAGGUAACGAAAUUAUCGCUCAAGAAAUUGACAUACAGCGAAGGGUUUGACAACGACAAGCCUCAGGGGGAACGCCUUCGAAAGAAAUCCCGUUCUGUCCAUUUCACUGGAGAAACACCCAGCAGCGAGCACUUGAAGCCGGGGUUCAGCCACAACCCCAAGGACUCGUCGUCGGUGAGCGAACAUGAGGCAAGCGAUUCCAACGAUGGAGAACUCUUCGUUGGAGGACCAUCUAGAGGGCUGCCAUUACGCCCGUCUAAUACGCUUGCCACCGAUUCAACACCCAAAAAGAUUCUUUUGAGGGAUGCCCUCAGCAGAAACCGGACACAAACAGUCCGAAAAAGAAUCAUCCUGGGUCCUGCUGACUCCCAAGAGGUGGACGUGGUUUUUGAUGACGUGCCAAGGACCGAAGAGCCUUGGGUUCGUCAGUUCAUCGACACGAACCCGUUAGUUUUUGACAGAAUCUUUACAGCUAAAGACUUUGAAUCCCAGUGUAAACAAAGUCUUUCGGCCGGAGUCUUGGUACAUGGAACACUUCGUUCGGACGACCAGACUACCAAUCUGGAAAGCGCUGCUGAUUACCUUCGAUCUGGUUCCUUCGGCAUCCUCUACUCCAACACCAGCUUCUGUGCCAUCGCAUAUCCUUCUCAAUGCGAGAAUUGGAAAGCCUGCUUUCCCGGUGCCGAGUCCAAGACUUCACCCGGUGCUAUGAUGAGGUACACGGUGUUCAAACCGGAUUUCCCAGCGGCACAGCCGCUCAUUGUGACUGGCGGUGUCUUGCUCAAGGCCGUGGCCAGCAACCGAGUCAACAUUAUGCGGACCAUGUUUGGAUUCAAUUACGACGAGCUUCUGCCAGUACGGUCAUUAAGGGAGCCACACCGGCAUAAUUUUUUUCUUGCCUUUCCCCCAAACAAGGACCUGAUGCUGAAUAGUGUGGCGGCUUGGCUCACGGAAGCAAACCCGGACUGCCAACUCUUUUCGACCCAGAGAGCUGGUGAUUGGCGCGCAUUUGCUGACUUGGAGCGCAAACAGAGCGGAACCAUCAUUCUACACGAAGCUGUCACGCCCUUGAUCAGGCUUUUCCCUGGUAUUGGCUCAUUACUUCACGACAUGAAAAAUGCUGCAUACUCUAUCUGGGAAUUGGGAGAGGCCAUGCAGGUUCAUCCACCAAUGCCAUCAAUAGAUGAACAGUCUUCAAAGCCUGGUCAAAUCAGGUUGACAAGACUUUUGCCCCAUGGCAGUGCUGUCCUCCUCACACCAAGCUUCUUUCUGACCCAGCCGUUGCAAGCCACUAGCCUUCUAUCGUGGUAUUCGAAACGCAUAGCCACGCCUAUGUUUCAUGUCACGCUCGUUGUUAGCGAGUCCAUUGUUGACUUCCUGCAAGAUCUUGCUCACGAGAAAACAUCUCAAAGGGAGACACUGUUCUCGCGUCAGCCAAGACAUUCAAGCUUGGAGGCGCUCGAGUUACAGGCAAAGCAGCAAGGUAUCACCCAGGAAGAUUGUGCCGCUAGACGUGAGGCAUUGUCGAUAGUUCUCGACCUGAUUGGAUCUGCCAAAGGCCAGCUCAUGGAUGAAGUUCAGGAGCCUUUCAUCUAUGUCAACGAUUGCAUCGACGCCAACGAUGAACAGAGUCUAGGGAAUUGGUUCGGUUACUGGUCUCUGACCAAACUGGAUUCGUAUCGGAAGUUCCACAUUUUAGGAUCUCACGAAAAUGAUUAUAGCCGGUCUUCUCGGGACAUACGGAUUCCGCGCUAUGCUGCCAGGACCACGGGAGAUCCUGAACUCGCCUUAGCCCAAGCCGGGGAGACUCAAGCCGCUGCUCAGGUGCCGCCUGCGCAGGACGAUUCUGGCGCCCGGUCUCAGAUCCUAGGCAGGGCGGGCGGUGAAGAUUUCGCCCAACAUCUUUCAAGCUACCAGUUUGCGCACGUUCGAGGGUUUAUGAAGCUCUACUCGUAUUGCGUAUCAUGGUUCAACGACAGUUUCCAGAUGGCGGAUCACUUUGGUGACACGACCUGUAGAUUCGAAACCUACCGAAAUUGGUUCAGCUUUACUAAUCCCUUUGCCAAGCCAAGAGGUUACAACACCUACGUUGCAUUCUUCUACACAAUAGAAGGGCCAUGGGAUCCGGCAGCGUAUGCCAAGGAUCGAUUGCCUGAACGACACCCCUGGAUCGGCAUUUGGCGAAUUGUUAAUCCACACCAACAGCCCUUCAGGGCUACGGAGCUUCUCAUCUGGGACAUUGCAGCACCUCAACGUGUUGCGAGCGAUCGAUCGGUGCAUGUUGGGAGCCUCUUGCCGGCCCAAAAAGCGUUGGUGGACUUUGUCAAGGAGAAUUCGGCGGAAAAGAACCCUAGCAUGGCGUUCCAGCGAGUCUGGCUCGGCGGUUUUGACCCCCCGCGCCUGGAGCGCACCACCGUCCUCGAUAAAACCUUGGAGAUGCUGGAGAUCAUGCUGAGUGACGCCAAGCAAUGGCUACCUGCCCCCGAACAUGUGUUGCCAGUUAGAGGCUGGCGCAAAGUCAACAUGCAGCAUGAAGCACCGGCUACAGACCUCGUCGAGCAACAAGGCAAAGUCGAGGACGACUCCCCUGAAAAGAUGGUAUUCCACGCCCCACGUGGUAAUGGGCUACAGGGGGGGAUUGGACAAAGUAAAUGCGGCAACGUGCUAUUCCAGGAAGUCUCAAAGUUCCGACAGACAGACAAAACACGCAAACACAUGCCGUACAGAUUUCCGCCGACGAUGGAGUGGUACACACGGCAGAAAGCAGAAGGUCGUCACUACGAACACAUCAAUGUGGACUCAUGGGAGGGCAUGUUUGCACGUAUGGGGAUCCCAUCUGCUGGCGGCAAGCCGACACAUCACAGGGAAACUUACGAGGCCGAGAGCAGCUCUGCGUCCGCUCAGACAACGCCCAGUCACUAGAAGCGCUGAGGCAAGCCUAUGCUGGACUUCCCUGGAUGGCAUGGGUGAGGGUGGGCUGUUGCUGUUGCGUUCGAUGAUACUUUGCAAGUAGUGAAGAGUGAACAGGGGCCAGGCGUCGCUUUCCAUUAUCGAGAUUUGGACGUGGCGGCCUUGCUGAAUACCCUUGGAAGUUAUUCUUCUCUUGAUGUUGCCGGUAUUGACUUGACCAUGUCCAAUAAUGGAGGAUAAGUGUGUGUUAGAAGAGUUGCUUGCCUCGC